AUGCACGCAGCAAAACCUUAUCUCCUACCUUCGAUCAAGACCUUGUUGGUGGAAAUAUCUCAUGAUCGAAUUUCGCAUCAUCCUGAGAGACCUUACCUCAACUCCGACGCACCACCGUUUACUCAUUCCAAAAUUCGUCCUCUCGAUGUACUGCUUUCUCCCGGAGAUCAAUUACCAAGUUAUCAAUUAGCCGAUAAACAGUCCAAAAACAUGUUUCCGCGUCUUCCCUCCCUUGCUUCUACAAUUGGAUCAAUUGCUAAGCAUCCUGGUAGUAGCAACAUUCACUCCUUACUCUCUCCUCCUGAAUCUCCUGAUACGAUAAAACCCGAAACAUCCUUUGACGAGCAUGAAUCCCGUCAACAACAUUCAGAGAAGAAUCAUCAUCACGAGUAUAACAGUUAUGUCAAGGUGCCUUCGACAACAACCAUCCAUCCGUCACUCCCAACUCCAUCCAUUAUUUAUCCGAAUCCACCUUAUCCCACCCAUCUUCGACAAGAGGAACGUGGAUGUUCGCUGAAUCGAGAUUGCGAUAGAUACUCGACUUCCUGUAACAUCCUUCAACCUACCUUCACAUCAUUUGAGCACGUACCUCGAUCACAUCUCGAGAUCUCACAGGGUACUUCCGGACACGAACAGCGAUUCUCCCGUCCAAGUUCACUUCGGAUCCAUACUUAUUCCCACACUGGUGAAAAGCCUUUUGUUUGUACCGAACCUGGCUGCGGAAGAAAAUUCUCGGUGCAGAGCAAUAUGAGGAGACACCUGAGAGUGCACCGUCUAGGUAGAACUGUGAAAAAGCCCCGGUAUGACGGUGAGGUGGAAGGGGUUAAGAUGAUGAAUCCCGGAAUUCAUAUGCGAAACUAA